CGCAUUGGGCAAUGGUUGUUUUUCUGAUGAUAUAUAGCGUGAGUGAAGUCAAGGCUGCAAGGGGCCACACCGAGCAAGAGAUGCAUAUCGCUGCUCCGUGUGGCCGUUGUGCGAUCGUACAAACAGCCAAUGGCCGGCAGCUGAAUACGGCCACGGCAGGCUGCAAAGCAACGCAGCUGGCAGUGCCCACUAAAUACGUUGAAGCUCGCAUGCCGCGGAUUGCGCAAGUUCUUCUUAUUCCAACCUCACCUUGUUCUCAAGUAGUAAGUAAGUAUUACCUGCGCUGCUCUCCAUUCACUUCUGGAUGAUACUGCUAUCUAUGCCGUUUUCUCCAUGUCGUUCCGUGCGGAUUUCGCGUCAGCCGUGACCAGGCGCCCUGUGCCGUCGGCAGGCAGCAAUUGGGAGGCUGAGCUGGGAGUAUAAAGUCUACUACUCUCCGCCUGAAAGCCUGACGUCUCUUCUCCCCUUUCCCUCGUCUUUCGAGCCUCGCCGUCUCGAAUGCUACAGCGUGUGAUUGAUGAGACAGGAGGAGGGAUAGUAAAGACCAGUACCAAGACCAAGACCAUCGGAGCUUUGGAACGUCAGCCGCCGACACGCGCACAGCGUCCUCGUCAUUUGCGAGGAAAGUCGCAGUGCUGCCACCUUUCGGGAAAGUCUUCCGCCAGCAGACCGCUCGGGCAACAUGUCGCCUCCGACAGUGAUCCUUUCGCCUCCCCGAAGUCGUCCCCAUGGCGAAUGGCGAAUUCGCCGCGUGGACAGCCGCGUUUGCAUAUGUGGCGCCGUCGCUUCGGUAGCACCAGAACGGCUGCAAAGUCCACUUGGCGACCACGAGGUGCAAGCUUCGAAGCGACGCAGUGCUAUCGCUCAGAAUGGAACGGUCCAGGGUCUCCGGGCAGCAGUUCAACGACAGCAUGGGCAUGAGAAGCUGAUGCAGACUUUGUUUGCGACGGGCGUGCGCCGUGCAGCAGCACUGCCCUCGAGAAAUGAGAACAUGCGCUGGGCCAAUUGCCUCCACUGUCUACGAGCCGCAAUAAAACCCGCGUUGGUCGGCCUCGCCCUACUUGGCGCCCUUCUUGUGGCCCAUCAAUGCCUCUUGCCCGCAAUCGCCUUCGUUUUCCCCUCCUUGGAUCCCGUCAUCUUUGAUCUGGGACUUUUCGGCGCAUAUCCUCUUACCCACUAUGCUUCAUUCAAUCUUGCCGCGCCCCAGCCGAGACAAAUCCUAUGGCACGACAAAUGCGACGCCGGCAACAUUCUUCUCACGCCAAAUGGCCCCGCCGUGACUCGCCCAGGCCCUAUGAUACUCGACUCCAAAGGCGGACUGGUCUGGACAUCGGAUGACUUUGGUGCCACCGCAAAUUUGAAGGUCCAGCGCUUUCAAGGCGAGCACUUUCUGACCCUAUGGUCCGGGCAGAAGGCAGCGACCUCUGGCAAGGGCGUUUACUUCAUGCUCGAUUCCACAUACCAGGUGGUGCGCAUGAUAUCCGCCGUCGGCGACGCGCUCUUUGGAGAUCUGCACGAGUUUAAGAUCACCCCGGAAGGCACCGCUCUGCUGACCGUCUACAAUGCCACGAAUGCCGACCUCCGCGACAUGGGCAUGGGUCGACCGGAGAAAGGAUGGGUGGUCGACAAUUUAUUUCAGGAAAUUGACAUCGAAACUGGAGAACUUCUCUUCGAAUGGAGCGCGCUCGAUCACUUCGACCCUGUGGAAACACACAUGACCAAUCCGUUUGGCGGGUAUUGGGAGAGCAUUCCUUUUGAUUUCUAUCACCUCAACAGCGUGGACAAAGACUCACAAGGCAACUACAUCAUCUCAUCGCGCCACUUCCAUCACAUCCUCUCCGUCAGUCCUACCGGUGAGAUAUUGUGGAUCUUGGGUGGCGAUGAGAACCAAUUCCACGAUCUGUCUGAUGGCCAAGCCACGAAUUUCAAGUGGCAGCACGAUGUUCGCUGGAUCAACGAGGACGAAGGUGUCUUGACCCUGUUUGACAACAGCAAAGCUGGUCCUCUGCAUAUCGAUGCAACGGAAAGUCGAGCCUUGGUAAUUCAAAUCGAUGUUGAAAACAAGACGGCGAGGCUACUUCAGUCUAUGACAUCCGCUCAAGGAAUCUUAUCUAGUUCGCAAGGCUCAGUCCAGUAUCUGGGCGAAUUUGAGCAGUUCUUUGUGGGCUGGGGAUCUGCGGCUGCUUAUUCCGAGUACACUCCCCAUGGAGAUCUGUUGUGUGAAACUCAUCUGGGCGCUUCCUGGUACUUCUGGUUAGAGAAAAUGAAGUCCUAUCGCACGACAAAAGUCUUCAAUUGGCAUGGAAUGCCUAGGGAGCCUCCAAAGACCAAGAUCGAGGAUGACGUUCUAUAUGUUAGUUGGAACGGCGCAACCGAGGUGGCUUUCUGGGCACUGGAGGCAACAUUUGACAUGGAAGAAGUCAAACCGGAGGACCUCAGGAGCAAAGACGAGAACUCUUCAAUCGCGGAAACGAAAACGCAGGAAACGGACUUCGAAAGCAUUGAUGUAGUGCCGAAGACCGGGUUUGAAGCCUCUUUCGACCUUUCCCAAUCGUCUUCAGAUAGACCCUUCACGAAGUUGAGGGUCGCUGCUCUGAACUCCGCUCACGAAGUCCUUCGCUAUUCUGAGCCGUGCGAUCCUCAAGACCAUUCGACUAGCUCAUCGUAUUUUAUGAUCGUGUUCAAACUCUUCCUGGUCGUUGGAUUCCUGGGUGGUGCUCGCUUAGCACUCAAGCACUUCCGAUCUUCUGGACAAAUUCGCAGUCCAGGAGCCGCAUCAACGCAAUUUUGGCCUGACUGGAGAGACCCUUCUUCGUACGGAUACAGGCGAGCAAGGUCAGACAGCACGACAUCAGAUCACAGUGGACAGACAUUUGUACAGCGACAGGAGCUACAGACACGAUGA